AAAACUAUAGUACGAGGGUGUUUAAGCAUUAGCUAUAGCCUAUUGAAAUGGGUAUUAGCUAAAUGCAUGUUGUUUAUCGGGUUUAUCGGCGGCUAGGCUAAUGUUUACAGUAUUUAUCGGUAUUGUCGUCUGGAAUGCUAAAAAACCGCAUGUUUUCUGUUUUUAUACGCAGAAGAACUCGUUGGGUCUGACUUUAUGUAAUAGUAGCCUAACAUUUAGCCUCCAUGAUCAAUAAUCUUUUUGGUAAACCGAUAUGCUACCCGUGAAUCUGGAAAGUAAAUGUUCCUCUUGCGGAUCUAUGCAGGAGGUUGCUCUUAUGUAGUAUAUGAUUUUAUAAUGUUGGUUUGACGGUGGAACUGGAUCACCUGUUGAAGGGGUUUUAUUGGGAUUUUUAUCGAGGUUUUAUCGGACCCUCGCGCAAAUCAUUUGUAUUCGCACGGGUGGCCUGUCUGAAACCGUUUAAAGCUAAAGUCAGCAUUGGUAGCUAUGUGUCAGUCAGUAGGCUAGGUAUCGUUAUUGCCAACGACAGUGGGCUAUCGCAGUCCUAUAUGCUAACCAUUUCCAAUAUAAAUUGGUGUUGAUACAGAGUGAUCGAAAUUGGGUACUAAUCCUACUAUUAAAUGUGAACGUGACUGGCGUGGUGCACACUGUGGGUCCGCUUGCAGCAUCUUUCCUCGAUAUAAUCGCACCUGUCAAAUUUUGCCUGGCACAAUACCUAGUGCUAUCAGAUGUGCAGGUGAUGGUUGAACUAAAGAUCUGACUGGUAUUCUUUUGGCUACUAAAUCAAUACUGAUUCCAACAAUAUUUAUGACAGUGUAGAACAAAUUACAGAAUUUCCGCCGAAUGCUGAAACUCCCGCUGUCAUGUGAACAGUACCUUCGAUAAGCCCCGCCCCCUCCCACACGCCGUGCAUAGGCCGUAACCUGCUUACCGCAAACCGUCUGGGCUGAAAUGGCCCGGCCUUCACGAAGGCCAGUAAUGGCGGUAAUGGGGAACGUUAUUCAGGGAUGUGCAGGCCAGGAGCCUGCAUCUCCCGCCUAAAUCUCCAGGGGUGGAAAAGCAGCUCGCUACCCUCUCCUCCUCCCCACGCCCCCAUCUGUCCGUCCAUCCUUACGUCCACCCUGAAGGGGUUCAUCGGGGGGGCUCCAUGGGGUGUGGGGGCAGCCGGACGGACGCCCUGGAGCCGAGGUACCUGGAGAGUUGGACGAAGGAGACGGAAUCGACAUGGCUGACCAGCACGGACACGGACGUGCCUCUGUCCGCCAUCCAGAACAUCCCCUCCGAGAGCUCCUCCCAGCUGGGCUUCAGCGCUGAGAAAAACAACAGCCCCGUGGCAGAUUUUUUUGACGACAGCUUCCCGGGCCCUGCCCAGGCGUACAUGAAGGUCUGCUCCGCCAUGUCCGAGGCUGGCCUGGGCGGCACCAAGGUGGACGCCGACGCCGCAGUACCGACCUCCCAACAGCAGGAGGCGCUGCCUGCAGCACAUGGCGCCACACUGCAGAAGAGGAGCGUGCUGCACACUGAGGAAGUUACAGAGUGGCGUGACGACCGGAUGUCCACCAAGCAGGUGACCAUCACCGUCACGCAGAGCGUGCGGCAGGUGGACCGGGCCGGCUGGAUGAGGGAGACGUCCCGCACCACCUUCCAGGUCCUGAGGCCCGCCGAGGACUGCAAGGAGGCGCCGGCCGAGAAGAGCCCGAAAUGAGGAGGACCCGCGGCUGUUCCUGCGCGAGUGCGUGAGAGAGGGACGGGGGGA